AUGCCGCGGGUAAAAUGUGUCCAUUCGAAAGUCACGAAGACCCCACGCCGUCCAUUCGAGAAGGAACGUCUCGAUCAGGAACUCAAGCUCAUCGGCGAGUUCGGUUUGGCCAACAAGCGUGAGGUGUGGCGUGUGAAAUACACCUUGGCCAAGGUGCGCAAAGCUGCUCGAGACCUGUUGACAUUGGAAGAGAAAGACCCUAAGCGUCUUUUCGAGGGAAAUGCUCUUCUCCGUCGUCUCGUCCGCAUCGGUGUGCUCCCAGAAGACAAGAUGAAGCUCGAUUACGUCCUCGGUCUCCGUGUUGAGGAUUUCCUUGAGCGACGUCUCCAAACUCAAGUGUUCAAGCUCGGACUCGCCAAAUCGAUUCACCAUGCGCGUGUUUUGAUCCGCCAAAGACACAUUCGUGUUCGCCGUCAAGUCGUCAACGUUCCUUCAUUUAUGGUUCGACUGGAUUCCCAGAAGCACAUCGAAUUCGCACUUACAUCUCCAUUCGGAGGUGGCCGCCCAGGAAGAGUGAAGAGACGUUCGAUGAAGAAGGGUGAUGCUGGAGCCGGAGACGAUGAAGAG